AUGGGCGCGUCUUUUUUCCCCGUCUCGAUGGCUUCCAUAUUCCCGAUCCCUAUAUUCCGUCAAGUUCUCAUCAUCCGUUACCUGCACAGUCGCUGCGUGCUCCUGGAGAGCUGUCGCAAGGCGCUGGUGUGGCAGAAGAGGUACCUGCAGAGGACGGUGGCGGGCUACGGCGAGCUGGAGCGGAGGCUGGGCGCGGACGACAAGCACAGGACCACCUUCAAGAGCGUGGCGUGGUCGUGUGUGGCCGUGCUCCGCAUGUCGUUCCUGGUGAGACGUCGAAACGCCGCACGAAACGCCGCCACCGCGCUCGCACAAUCGUUCUCGUCGUGUACUCCGUCCAGCCGGCCCCCGCCCCUUGCUCGUCGUCUGCUGCAGCAGGACAUGAGACUGUGUCCGCCGCUCUCCCCUACAAUAGCUGAAUUGUUGCCGCGGUCUCCCCUCGUGACGAGUUCCCCGCGCGACGAGCGCGGCGUGGCCAGGUGCCCUCGCGGGGACGCGGCGUCCUCCUACAGCCACAGACUGGAGUCCGUGAGUCGCCGCCUGGCCUCGCUCCAGCACAGAGACAACUGA